AUGCGAAAGCUUACUGCUCAGUUCAUAGGACCUUACCAAAUCCAUAAACGUCUUGGUAACAUCGCAUAUCAGAUCUCAUUGCCUCCAUCUCUUUCUAAUCUUCAUAGUGUCUUUCACGUGUCUCAACUUCGCAAGUACAUUUUCGAUCCUUCACAUGUGAUUGAGUCAGACAAGGUCCAAAUAAAAGAUAAUAUUACUUUUGACACCUUACCGCUACGGAUUGAGGACCGAAAGAUCAAAGAAUUAAGGGGUAAGACGAUUUCAAUGGUUAAGGUUGUCUGGGGAGGUGCUACUGGUGAAACUGCAACGUGGGAAGUCGAAAUUCAAAUACUCGAUUCUUAUCCAAAGUUGUUUCUGUCAGGGGCAUCUUUAACUAGACCCCCUACUUCUAAAGGGUCAGCCUUCAUGUACUGGAAAGAGAGGAUGCUCAUCUUUCUAGAGGCAUGUGGGGGAAAAUGGUCCCUAUGUGCCUAA